AUGUCGGACCUGGCGAAGCAGUUUGCAAAAACCAAGCUUUCCGCCCUGCCCCCACCAGAGCCGCUGGUGGAAGAGCAGCCGGAAUACGAGGAUGAUUCGUCUUCGGCUUCGUCCAUGUCCAGUACCGGCACAGUGAUACCGUCUGGCGCUUUGAGGCCUGCGCCUGCGAUACACUGGUCCGACUACUUUGCCCAGGAGUUUUAUUUGGAGCAGGAUAGGCCAGGACAGGGCCAUGCAAAGUUUCAUGUGUACCUGACCCCGCCCGCGAAUGUCAAGGCGCCAUUGCUCGUCUUGCAUCAUGGAGCUGGUAGCUCGGCGAUGAGUUUUGCCCUCAUGGCCAAGGAGGUGCGCAAGGCUAUGCCAGACAUUGGUAUCUUGGCCGUCGAGGCACGAGAUCAUGGAAGUGUGGUCUGGACUGCAGACGGACAAGUGGAUGAGAACCUCAGUGUUGAGCUGCUUGGACUAGAUCUGGUGGACAUGAUGCAUCUCACGCAGACGAGAGUAGGCUGGCAAGAACUACCCCCCAUCAUCUUGAUCGGCCACAGUCUCGGUGGUGCUGUAGUCACCGAGGCGGCCAGCAAAGGAUUAUUGGGCAACAAACUGCUUGGUUUUGGUGUCUUGGACGUGGUCGAGGGCUCGGCCAUGGAAGCACUGGGACACAUGCAAACCUACCUGUCCAGUCGGCCACAGACUUUCCCUUCUCAAGCGGCAGCAAUCGAGUGGCACAUACGAUCACGAACACUUCGCAAUCCCCAAUCAGCGAGAGCAAGUGUUCCCAGUCUUUUGCUGCAGACAUCAGAUGGCCGGUGGGCGUGGCGGACAAAACUGUCUACCACCGAAACAUACUGGGAGAACUGGUUCACGGGCAUGAGCGGAAAGUUUCUGAACAGCAAGGGGGCGAAGCUGUUGAUACUCGCUGGAACAGAUAGGCUGGACAAGGAAUUGAUGAUUGGACAAAUGCAGGGUAAAUUCCAACUGCAAGUCUUUCCAGCCGCAGGCCAUUUUCUUCAAGAGGAUCAGCCCGAAAAGACAGCCGAAGUGGUAGUCGAAUUCAUCAAACGCAAUGAUCGAAGUGCGCUCGUGCUGCCCCCAAAAGUCUCAGAUCUGCUUGCUCAAGGCAAGAAGGUAUAG